AUGGAACACUAUUUGCUUUUAAUUAGUUCAACACAUGAAGUCGCCACAAAAUUUUUAGAUUCAGUUCAGGUUGGUGAUCAGACAUCCAUGGCGCUACUAGAGGCGGAGCAUUUCGAUUUCGGUAUCACCGAAAUAUUCGGUCCCUGUGGUUACGCUGUCUUCAGCAGAAUUGGACUCAAGAACUAUGCCACUGCGUUUGCAACAGAUCUUUGCGAAGUGCUUUCGGACCCAUUGGGCGUGAGCAGUAAUCCAAGCUGGGUGCCCGGUUAG